AUGGAAUCAAUAAAUAAUUUAGAUUCAGUUGAUAAUGAUCUUUUAGGUAAACAGGCAGAGACUUUAAAGGAAAAAGGAAAUCAAGAGUACUCUAGAAACUUAUGGCCAGAUGCAAACAGGACUUAUAGUGAAGCCAUUGAUUUGCUCAAACACUCAGAGGUAAAGGCACACAAAUCAUUGAUUUCUAUAUUGUACUGUAAUCGAUCUGCUGCCAAUAUUCAAAUGUUAAACUAUUCCGACGCUCUGGAGGAUGCAAAACUUUCGAUUUCAAACGAUAUUGAGUUUGCAAAGGCAUAUUUAAGGGCAGGUGAUUGUUGUAUUGGACUAAAGAGGUUUAAAGAGGCCAAAGAAUUCUAUUUGAAAUGCAUCGUCUAUAUUAAGGUUGAUCCCAAUGACAAGACUAUGAAUGCUCACAACAUAAUGUUGACCAAUGCCACCAAUGCACUGAACAAUAGCAAGAUGAAGAUGUUUUACGAACCAAUUCUACGUGGAAACGAUGCUCACUAUGGAAAGCUGGAUCUAAAAUACCAAGACAAGGUAAUGGAGAAAUCUCUUAUCGCCAGAGUUGACAUUAAGAAAGGUGAAAUUAUAUUCACAGAUCUACCAUAUUCAUAUCAAAUUAGUCCACAAACUUUAAUGAUUAAUUCAGAAAAGAUUUGUAAACAUUGUAUGUCGUUUGUAUUGGAAAAUGAAAAUAGAGAUAGAUUCACUGGCGACAACCUCACAGAACUACAAGAACAAUACCAACCACUCGUUGACUUACUCAAGGAGGCCUACGGUCUAAAGAAAGAUGAUUCCAUACAAUACAAGAUUGAUACAAUUCUAAAGGAGGAGUUUGAUAAAUUGUUUAGUAUUAGUUUCUAUGAUAGUAUAUUAGGUAUGAUAAACUUUAAUGUUUUAUCAACAGUUGUAAGAGCACCAGAGCCAACAGUUGUUAGUAAAUCAAUUGGCAGCGACAACAGUAAAUCGAAAUCAAAGAAUAAGAAAGUUGGAAAGGUGGCAGAACCUGUACAACCAAAGAUAUUUGACUCUUGGGGUAUUGGAUUGUAUCCAAUAUUCUCGUGUAUGAAUCACUCUUGUCAACCAAACGUUGAGAUUUGCAAUGAAAGAACCGAUGGUGUGACAUUCAACAAAGUAGUUUUCAGAGCAAAGAAGAAUAUCAAAGCUGGUCAGGAGCUAUUGAACAACUAUUGCGAUGUAACACUACCAACCAAAGAGCGACAAUCUCAACUUAAAAGUCAAUACGAUUUUAUUUGCAAAUGUAAUAAAUGUCAUUAA